AGAAAGUCUUGUUCACUUUUCAUUGCUCCUGGGGGUUCAAGUGAGAGAGAGCAAGAGGAGUGCUUAAGGAGGACAGAAGGUUCCAAGAACAUGAUGGGUUUCAGUGUAGCUCUGCUUACACUUGUUUCCAUUGUGGCAUUUGCCUCCUCUGGUUCUGUUGUUCAUUAUACAAGUUCUGGAGGUGUAUGCCAAGAAUCUUGUGGGAAUCAUGGCUAUGGUUACACCUGGUGCAAGCAAAGUGGUGGCAAUGGAGGAUACUGGGACUAUUGUUCCUUAGAAGAAGGCCUAGAUAUUGCAGGCAAAAAAUGCAAAACAUCUUGUGAUUUCUUUGGGGGCAGCUACCGCUACUGUUACUUAGAAGAUGGAGGCUGGAAUUACUGUGGGUUGCUCGGCCACAAGGCUUUCCUUGAAUAUUCCCAAGAAAAUCAUGUGUGUCUUACACAUUGCCAAGCAAAGGGUGGAACUUUCUACUGCAAAACAGCCCAUGGCUCUAAACGCUGUUCUCCAUUCCGUGAUGUCACUCCUGCUGGUUUGCCUUGCCAUGAAAACUACCGUUGUUCCCGAUAUGGUCACUCAGAGUAUCGAUGCCAUAUUGAUGAGUUUGGAUGGGACUACUGUGGAAGGAAGGACCUGGAUGGGUGCGAGUGGUUCUUCUAUGAGAGCAAUUCUUCCCAGGUCGAGAUAUGCAAACGUUCCGACUUCCAGGACGAAGGUAAGAUCAUCUUCCGCAGAGAAAGGCGAGAGAACAUGUAUCUUCUUAAUCAUGAAGAAUUCAAAAAUGCUAUACACAUGAUUGAUAAAAUCACCUCAACCACAAGUUUCCCUGAUCCUGAGCCUUCGGAAAGAAUGUAUUUCUACAAGCAAGAAGAUAUCUCCUGCAAGGAUAUUGAUUACACCAGUCUGGAACUCCAGAUAGAUGCCUCCAGUGACACAGGUCUGCCUGUUGCGCAUGUUAUCUACCCAGCUUCCCUUAAUCUUCUCCCUGUCUUGCGCUCAGCACUUUACACCAGCCUCCACAGCAAUUUUUAUCAGCCCACCUACACCAUUGUUGUGUCUGAUGAUGAACCCAUGUUAUGUUCCACUGAUCAUCAGUGAGUGACCCUGCCCUUUGUUUGUAUGCAUUUCAGUGAUUUCUAUUCCACAUAUAUUCACUUAGUGCUUCAUCAUGUUAUCAUCAAUGUAUUCAUGUGCAUAUCAUGCCCUUUCCCUCUUUAUAUUGCAGUAUCGCAUGCAGUUCUAAAUGUUUCAAUUGCGUGGUAUGGAUUCCUUCCUUUUUAGUUGCCUUUUAGUAAUGAUUCUUUCUCUCUCUUUUUUUAAAAGAGAAAUUGUGCUAAUAAGUACGUAUUGCUACAACUGUAUUUCUGCUAAGGAAAGGGCAUACAAAUGCACAAUGUACUGGUUUCAAAGCAAUCUUUAUUCUUUGUAAUCACUGGCUAAAAACCUAGCAGUUAUGAGAGCAAUAAAAAUUACUAUUGCAAUAUAA